ACCCGAGCAGAGCACGGUCGUGGAGCUGGAGCAAGCGCAGCCUCGUUCCUGUAACCUCGUCCCCGCCGCCCGAAGCCUCCUCCCCGCCGCCGCCGCCGCCGCCGCUGCUGCCGCCGCCCCCGGGGCAUGGCCUGUCUGAUGGCCGCUUUCUCGGUCGGCACCGCCAUGAAUGCCAGCAGCUACUCUGCAGCGAUGACGGAGCCCAAGUCUGUGUGCGUGUCGGUGGACGAGGUCGUGUCCAGCAACGUGGAUGACGUUGAGACGGACCUGCUCAACGGGCACCUGAAGAAGGUGGACAACAACUUCACAGAGGCCCAGCGCUUUUCCUCCUUGCCCCGGAGGGCAGCUGUGAACAUUGAAUUCAAGGACCUUUCCUACUCCGUUCCCGAGGGACCCUGGUGGAGGAAGAAAGGAUACAAGACCCUUUUGAAGGGGAUCUCUGGGAAAUUCAACAGUGGAGAGCUGGUGGCCAUCAUGGGUCCUUCUGGAGCUGGGAAGUCCACGCUCAUGAACAUUCUGGCAGGAUACAGGGAGACGGGCAUGAAGGGGGCAGUCCUCAUCAACGGCAUGCCCCGGGACUUGCGCUGCUUCCGGAAGGUCUCUUGCUACAUCAUGCAGGAUGACAUGCUGCUGCCGCACCUCACCGUUCAGGAGGCCAUGAUGGUGUCUGCACAUCUGAAGCUGCAGGAGAAGGAUGAAGGCAGACGGGAGAUGGUCAAGGAGAUCCUGACGGCAUUGGGCUUGCUGCCCUGUGCCAAUACACGGACGGGGAGCCUCUCUGGGGGCCAGCGGAAGCGGCUGGCCAUCGCCCUGGAGCUGGUCAACAACCCUCCUGUCAUGUUCUUCGAUGAGCCCACCAGUGGCCUGGACAGCGCCUCCUGCUUCCAGGUGGUGUCCCUGAUGAAAGGGCUGGCCCAGGGCGGCCGGUCCAUCGUCUGCACCAUCCACCAGCCCAGCGCCAAGCUCUUCGAGCUGUUUGACCAGCUUUAUGUCCUAAGUCAAGGACAGUGUGUCUACCGGGGGAAGGUCUCGAAUCUCGUGCCGUAUUUGAGGGAUUUGGGUCUGAACUGCCCUACCUACCACAACCCUGCAGACUUCGUCAUGGAAGUGGCGUCAGGCGAGUAUGGCGAUCAGAACAGCCGCCUGGUGAGAGCUGUGCGGGAGGGCAUGUGUGACUCUGACUAUAAGAGGGAUCUCGGGGGCGACACGGACGUGAACCCAUUUCUUUGGCACCGGCCUGCUGAGGAGGACUCUGCCUCCAUGGAAGGAUGCCACAGCUUCUCGGCCAGCUGCCUCACCCAAUUCUGCAUCCUCUUUAAGAGGACCUUCCUCAGCAUCAUGCGUGACUCGGUCCUGACGCACCUGCGAAUCACCUCGCACAUCGGGAUCGGCCUGCUCAUUGGCCUGCUGUACCUGGGGAUCGGGAACGAAGCCAAGAAGGUCCUGAGCAACUCUGGCUUCCUCUUCUUCUCCAUGCUCUUCCUGAUGUUUGCAGCCCUCAUGCCCACGGUCCUGACUUUUCCCCUCGAGAUGAGUGUCUUCCUCCGAGAGCACCUGAACUACUGGUACAGCCUGAAGGCCUACUACCUGGCCAAGACCAUGGCUGAUGUCCCCUUCCAGAUCAUGUUUCCCGUGGCCUACUGCAGCAUCGUGUACUGGAUGACGUCACAGCCGUCGGACGCCGUACGCUUCGUGCUGUUCGCUGCCCUUGGCACCAUGACCUCCCUGGUGGCCCAGUCCUUAGGCCUGCUGAUUGGGGCUGCCUCCACGUCUCUUCAGGUUGCGACGUUCGUGGGUCCUGUGACUGCCAUCCCUGUCCUGCUCUUCUCCGGAUUCUUCGUCAGUUUUGACACGAUCCCAGCCUACCUGCAGUGGAUGUCCUAUAUCUCCUAUGUUAGAUAUGGCUUCGAGGGGGUCAUCCUCUCCAUCUAUGGCUUGGACCGGGAGGAUCUACACUGUGACAUUGCAGAGACGUGCCACUUCCAGAAGUCAGAGGCCAUCCUGCGCGAGCUGGAUGUGGAGAAUGCCAAACUGUACCUGGACUUCAUCGUCUUAGGCAUUUUCUUCGUUUCCCUGCGGCUCAUUGCCUAUUUUGUCCUGAGAUACAAAAUCCGGGCCGAGAGGUAAAACACCCGCAGGCCAGCAAGGAGGCAAAGCAGACAUUGUGCCCAAGGGCACUGCUGGGAGGCAGCGGUGUGCCUGCUCCUGGUGACACAGACUCUCCCAACCCAACCUGGAGGCCACGCAGGUCGCAGGUCGCAGGUCGCUGGUGACCAGUGUUCAGCACCUCUGCCCGCCGGGUUGGAACUGUUCUUUCCCUUUUCUAGCUUUAACUAGGAAGAUGUAGGACGGUUGGGGUUUUUUACAUGCAGGAUUUAAAAUACAGCCGGCACAGGGUGUCAUCCUGCGACCCAGCUGGGGACAAGAGGCUUCCUCAGCAGACUCCUCCUGGAGUCCAGGACACACUGGCCCUGGAUGAGGAGUGCUGGCCACGUUGGUCCCCGGAGAGGUGGAUAUCUUGGUGGGGAAACGUCCACACCUGGCGGGACUCCGCUUGAUGACUGUCAUUUCUUAUGGUCUCAUCUUUCUAAAAUUCGUCUCUGAUGAGCUCAAGUUCAUUUCUGAUGAAGUCACUUUUCCGAGCCAAAGUCGAUAAAUUUCACUCAUUUUGAGAGAUUGUAUCUUUUCCAGUACUUCUUGAGGACUGAUUCAGGGUGUGAAAGGUGCGUUUGCUUAGAAAUAGAAGAGUCCCAUAUAGUCACCGAGUGGGACUCACAGAUACAACCACAGAAGGUCGGUCAGACGUGGGUUCCAGGCGAGGGAGAGCACCACACCAGCUGUGCUGGGCCAGCAGGGACUAAGUGAUGCCAACGGGGCUGAGGGAGAUGUUGGCAGGCCCUUUCCGGACCUUCCUUUUUCAUGUGCUUCUAUUUUAAGCAAAAUAGAUUAUUUCUUCCUAGUUUUUCUGGCCACUUUUAUUUUGCCCAAGAAAUACAUAGAUUAACUUUGUCAGUUUUUAAAGAACAUUUUUCCCUCUUUCUUCAUGAAUCACAUUAACUACCUCCAUUGAGCCUGGGAAGCCGGCCUGGGGACACAUUGGGCGUGUCCCUUGAAAUAAGAGGGCGAGGGGGGCCGUGGGGCAUCGGUGAGGGGCAGGCCGGCUAAUAGGAAGGGGAGGUGCCGUGGAUGUCCCCUUUAGGAAAAUACAGCUUGCUUGCUUCUGGAGCACUGCCACUCUGGGAUGGAGUCUCCCAGGAAAGCCUGUGUAUUUGUAUGGGUAGGUCCGUUUACCCCUGUGAGCCCCGGUUUCCACACCAGUAAGUAAUUGCACUAAAUCAUGUUCUGACAGGUCCUGAGAUUCCUCGGCCGUGGCCUUGAAGCUUUCAUAUCUUACUUGUAGGGAACGAUAAGGGUCCGAAUUUUACUUAACGCAUGGAUGUGCUUUGAAAAUAUUUAGAGAUUCUUUUUAUUUUUUUCACUCCUAGAUCUUUUAUAGAGAACACAAUUGAAAUGCAUAUUACAAUGUAAUUUUCAGUUUGCUUGUUCUAUACAAACAUGGCAUUGCCUUCUAGAUUCAGCUUUUAACCAGGGACACGAUUCGCCUUUAUAAAAAGUCUUCAUUUAAAAAAAAAAAAGUGUUCAUUUAAUUUCAAGAUGUUAGGCAUUACAUCGCAUCCAGAGAGGAUGCCUACUGACCGAUGGGAAAGUGUGCAUUAAAAGGAAUGGGAGUUGGGUGUUCAGAUCUCAGACUCACGCUGGGUGAGUCUGGGUUGGUGUACUGGGUCAUGCUCAGCAGGAUCUGCCAGGGGCUGACUUUCUCCAUUGAGACUGUUCUGCUGUCAAUCAAAGAGGCAGAGUGGUCCAUGUUUCAAAUCUGGGAGAGUGCCUCACCCUCUGGAGGAGUUCUUCCCUGUCCAGGUUUCUCCUCGCUACUGUGAACAGCUUGUCGCCAUCCCUAAGUAAAUGAGGGUGCAAUGGGGUCCUUCCAUUGGGCCGAGUCUGAGCUCAUGAUACAAGAGCUGGUAGGCUGCUGACGGGCAGGGUGACGAGGGCAGUUUUUAAAGGGUAUUGACCAGAACAGGCAAGGGGCCAGAAGUCACCCCACAGGACAGCAUUGCUCACUCGUUCUGCAGACUUGAGGAAGGCUAACAGCCAUACUAGGGGAUGCUACAUCCUUGUCCCUCAUCCAGUGUCCGCAGGUGCCCUGGAGCGUGGCUCUGCUUACCACCACAUAUAUAGUUUGGAUUCCAGAGAUGCAGUCUGGAUUUCUAGAGCAUUCGCUUUUCUUCCUCUGCCCAUUUGUCUCCGUCAUGGUAGGAGGUAUCCAGCAGUGUGCGCCUUUCCCGACACUGAUGUUAAAGUCAGGCUGACUUCCCUUGCAUUUGGGUUCCAUGUGACUCUAAGGACCCAGGCCUUCCUUUUAUCUCCAGUUGAGCUCCUUCAAUUGAAGGAUUCCAUCAGGUUAAAGGCUAUACCACCUCCUCAUGUUAGCAGAGGUAGAAACUGAAGUCCAGGGACAGCAUUUGCGGGGGCCUCAUCAGAGAGGGAGGCCUGUGGGGCCCUGCCGGGCUGAGGUUCAGAAAAGGUUGGGUGCAGGGGUGGGGCUGCUCUCCUCCGUCCAGCCCCCUCCGCUGUCCAUCCCAUCCUGCCUCCGCCCCCAGCCUCUCCAAUGCCUUUGUCAAGAGAGAGUUGAACUCUCCAGGGAUUCUCCCAGAGAGGGGGUGAGCCCAUGAGCACUGCACACCGUAGGUGCUAGACUCUCCCUUCAGGUCAGAGAUGCUGGUGUCCACGCACUUGUGCUCGGGUGUCUACACAGGAAUUUGCAUGUACACUCAUGGGCACGCUCGUAUGUGCACCCGUGCAGGGCUGCUCCCACACAUGUCAGAGAGUAUUAUUCGGUGAUUUUUUUUCCCCUUCCCGUCGGCCGCACACCAGCCUCUGAGCCUUUCCCCAUUACCUUUACUCCAAGGAGGAAAGAAACAAUUCACCCAUGCCUGUGGCCCAGGAGACGGAAGGCCAAUGGGAAAUCCAUCGAGGCUGUUGACAAACACCAGCUAAAUGAGAGUGUGAUGGAAAGGCCAGCAGAACCCAGCAGGGGAGCUUGAGGAGCGGGUUGUGUCAAUAUAAAGUUAGAUACUUGGAAGAAAUAAAGACUGCUAAUAAAAUAUUUUAUAUAAAGUUUUUACGUGCA